ACGCAUGCCGAUGACGAAAGGGGAAGAUACGCCCACUUUUCGUGGUAUGGGGGUCAGGUCCAAGCCAUUUUAAUACUUCUCAUAAGCCAAACGAAAUCGAUGUUUAUAUAGGUUAAUAAAUGAGUCCAAUCGAGAUCGAGAGCCAGAUCAGAGCGAAUAGAAAAAGGAAGUUCCCAGCUGCUAAUGCUAUUGUGGAAGUAAAAUCAGCAUAUAACCAGCUAUUUUUCUCCACCUGAGUCGUGAAAAAUGGGUGAUUCUGGAAAAGCAUUUUAUGGAGGAAUCGAAGGAGGAGCCACCCAUUCCAAGAUGGUUAUCAUGGAUGAGAGUGGGUCAGUGCUGGCAUGGAGUGAAGCUCAGAGCACCAACCAUUGGCUGAUAGGUAUUGACCUGUGUCUAGUGAGAAUCAACAGCAUGGCUGAGGAAGCAAAGAAGAAGGCUGGUAUUGAUAUUCAAACUCCACUCAAGGCGCUGGGUCUUUCUUUGAGUGGUGGUGAACAGAAGGAAGGUCAACGCAAGGUCAUUGAGGGUAUGAAGGAGACCUUUCCAUACGUCAGCGAAAACUAUCACAUGUGCACCGAUACCUAUGGAGCUAUCGCCACUGCCUGCAAAGCCGGAGGCAUAGUGUUGAUCUCAGGUACAGGGUCCAACUGCCAGCUCAUUAACCCUGAUGGAUCGGUCCACGGGUGUGGAGGAUGGGGUCAUAUGCUGGGUGAUGAAAGCUCAGCGUACUGGAUUUCACAGAAAGCUGUUAAGACUGUCUUUGAUGCACUAGAUAACCUAGCACAGCCACCGCAUGACAUAACAUACAUUAAAAAAGCCAUGGAGGAAUACUAUGGGUUUACUGAGAGAUUUGGUCUUUUAGACCAAGUUUACACCAACUUUGACAAAUCAAAGUUUGCGGGCUUCUGCAAGCGCCUAUCACUGGGCGCUAGAGAUGAUGCUGAUCCGUUGUGUCUAUGGUUGUUCAAAGAAGCGGGAAGACUACUAGGAAGGCACAUCAUAGCUGUAUCUCCUACUAUCAAUCAGACCCUGUUAAAUGGUGAAGGAGGAUUAAGGAUUGUCUGUGUUGGAUCUGUGUGGAAGAGCUGGGAUCUACUAAAGGAAGGUUUCCUAGCUGGCUUAGCGAGACCUAACGACUCUUACCCAGACAUCAAAGACUUCACUCUACUCAAGCUUAAGGAAUCUUCAGCCAUAGGGGCGGCCAGGCUCGGAGCCAAAGUCCUCAGUGUCGACCUCCAGAUCGACUACGAAUCCACGGUCGAUGUCCUAUUCCAACACACCCAAUGAAUGUCAUAUAAUCGGUGGAUGUGUUAAUCUAGGUACACAAGAUAUAUAUUUGUGUGCAUAUAUAUAUAUUUAUGAUGGUGCAUCGCCUGUGCGUACAUGUAUUGUCAAAGUGGGUAUGUGUACAGUGUUUAUUGUGCUUGUGUAUGUAUCUUCGCUCUCAAUAGAUACUGCAAUUGAGAAAUAUGUGGCAUUGAAGCCUAGCUGCCAGUACUACCAUCAUAUAGAUUUGCUAAAUACAUAAUAAUCAAUGUUAAUAGAUUCUAUUUUGUAUUGGGCAUUUCUGAGAAAUUUUACUCCUGUUACUAACAUUUAAUUCAAUUCAAUUCAAUUUGUUUUAUUCAUUUCCAUUUGCAAUAUAAACAAUACAAAGAUAUAUACAAUAAUAAGCAUUUGCAAAAUAUAAGAAAAUGAAAAUUGGAACUAAAAAAUAAGGCCAAAUGGACUUGUGGAGCAUUGUAUCAAAAUAGAUAACAUGAGAAUAUUUAAAUAAAGCCAUUUUCAAAAUUGAUGCUUGUGAUAAUGGAGAAAUCAAAAUUAGUCAUCAUCCUUUUGCUAGUACAUGCAUUUAAAUAAAUAUGUAUUUUGGAAAGAAAAUCUAUUUGGGUAUAAGCCUGUACAUACACAAUAUACGUUCUGGUCAAUGUGACAUGGGGAAAUGCAAAAGGAAAACACUCUCGAGUUGCCUGAUAAAUACUGUG